UUCUACAGUCAUUACUCUUCCCUCAACUCAUUUCUUCUACUUCUUGUUCUUUUUCUUCUUCUUCACAGUUACUCAUAUACCUCUUCUACAGUCAUUACUCUUCCCUCAACUUAUUCCUUCUUCUUCUUCUUUAUCUUCUUCUUCUUCUUCUUCUUCUUCUUCGUCUUCUUCUUCUUCACAGUUACUCAUAUUCCUCUUCCACAGUCAUUACUCUUCCCUCAACUCUUCUUCUUCUUCUUCUUCACAGUUACUCAUAUUCCUCUUCUACAGUCAUUACUCUUCCCUCAACUCAUUUCUUCUUCUUCUUCUUCUUCUUCUUCUUCUUCUUCUUCUUCACAGUUACUCAUAUUCCUCUUCUACAGUCAUUACUCUUCCCUCAACUCAUUUCUUCUUCUUCUUUAUCUUCUUCUUCUUCACAGUUACUCAUAUUCCUCUUCUACAGUCAUUACUCUUCCCUCAACUCAUUUCUUCUUCUUCUUCUUCACAGUUACUCAUAUUCCUCUUCUACAGUCAUUACUCUUCCCUCAACUCAUUUCUUCUUCUUCUUCUCCUUCUUCUUCUUCUUCACAGUUACUCAUAUUCCUCUUCUACAGUCAUUACUCUUCCCUCAACUCAUUUCUUCUUCUUCUUUAUCAUCUUCUUCUUCUUCUUCUUCUUCUUCUCAGUUACUCAUAUUUCUCUUCUACAGUCAUUACUCUUUCCUCAACUCAUUUACGUGUUUUUUGAUUUGUCUUUCUUCAACAUUUUCCUAUUCGCCUUUCCUUUCCUUCUCCUACAGUUACUCCUCUUCUCUAUUCUCUUCCCCCAUUUAUUCUUUGUAUUAUCCCUUCACAUACCCUUUGAGCUGGCUCUCAUCUAUACUUUCCUCUUUAUUCUCCAUUCUCAAUUGUUCUUUGAACUUUGCCUCUCCGAAACUUUUCUCUUUUUCCUUAACCUCCGCCUACUACAGUUAUUCUCCUCUCCUUUAUUUUCCAUUUAGAUUUUGUUCCUCUUACUCUUUCUCCUCCUCAGUUUCCUUCCUCCUCCUACACUUUUCCUCCUUUGCCUUCGCUUUUCUCAAUAAUGCUUCUCCGUUUCCAUUUUCUUCCCCCCCCCUUUUCGGGGGAUUAUCGUUGUUAAUAACCUUCUUUGCAUCUAUCUAUCUAUCUAUCUAUGUCAUUUUAUGUCUAUGUCAGUUUAAGUAUCAAUCACUUUCUCUCUCUCUCCCUCCCCUCUCUCACCCCCUCUCUCUCACCCUCUCUCUCUCUCUCUCUCUCUCUCUCUCUCUCUUUCCAAUCAUUUCUUUCUUUCUCACUAUCUACUUAUUUCAAUCGAAGUCACUUUGUAUUUAUAUCAGUGUUUCUUUUUAUAUCAUUCUAUUCCUGUCUUUUUCUCUUUUUAUUUUUCCUCAUUUUUAUCAUCUAUUUAUCUAUCGGAUACGAGCGACCCCCCCAUUAAAUAGAAGAUCAUCUUUCUUCCAUCUUUACGCACCUACCCCACUGACUAGCGGUAAAAUUUUUGCUUACAUAUGCAUCUACCUUAUUUCUUGGUUGCGUUCUUUUUUAUCUUUUUCUUUUCUUUUCUUUUCUUUUCUUUUCUUUUCUUUUCUUUAUCUUCUUCCCAACAUUUCCUUCCUUUCGUUCUUUACGCAUGUCUUUAGCGUUACUUUUUUUUCUUUGUAUGUUCUUCACAAUAUCUAUUCUUCUUUAUCUCUUUCCCUUUAUUCCCUCUUAACACCAGUCGUCUCUAUAAUCUCCCUUUCUAUCUAUCUAUCUAUCUAUCUAUCUAUCUAUCGGUGUUUUUUUCAUGUUCGUGUGAGUUUAGUCUUCCAAUUCUCAAGCUCACUCCUUUUCUCUCUCUCUAUUUGCCUGUCUGUCUCUCCCUACACUGUCAAUGAACGACUCAACCUACUUUUUCUCCCCUUAUUUUCUUUGCCUUAUUUUGCCCACUUCUUUCUCUGCUCCAUUUCGCUCCCUAUUUAUACUCGCGUCUUAUCCUUAAGUCAACCUCAUUUCAAUCUUCCCUUAAUUUUUUCUUUCUUUCUUUCUUUUUUUCUUUCUUUCUUUCUUGCUAAUUUCCUUCAUUCAUGUCUUUUUUUCUUUCUUUCUAGCUCUUCUUUCUUUCCCUCCAUCUUUUUAUUCUGCCGUUUCCCCAUGCCUCAUUAG